UUUGCGUCGGUCGAGGGGUGGACCGUGUUUCCGGCCUGAGAAACCGUCGCAUAUCUGGGGCGACGCCUCAGCUGGCGGUUACCACCGCCUUUGAAACCUCUGGAUCAGCGACUUCCAUCACUGCCGUCACCAUGGGAGCUGUGUUGGGUGUCUUUUCCCUCGCCAGCUGGGUUCCAUGCCUCUGCGGUGGUGCAUCAUGUUUGCUGUGUGGUUGCUGUCCUAACACUAAGAAUUCCAUGGUGACGCGCCUCGUUUAUGCCUUCAUCCUCCUCCUGGGCACUGUUGUAUCCUGUAUCAUGUUGACUGAAAAGAUGGAAACUCAGCUGAAGAAGAUUCCUGGAUUCUGUGAAGGGGGAUUUAAAAUCAGGAUGUCUGACGUAGAGGCAGAUAAAGAUUGUGAUGUGCUGGUCGGUUAUAAAGCUGUAUAUCGGAUCAACUUUGCCUUGGCCAUCUUUUUCUUUGUCUUCUUUCUGCUCAUGUUAAAAGUAAAAACCAGUAAAGAUCCUAGAGCAGCAGUACACAAUGGGUUUUGGUUCUUCAAAAUUGCCGCUCUUGUUGGAAUCAUGGUUGGGGCUUUCUACAUUCCUGGGGGUCCUUUUACCACAGCCUGGUUUACUGUUGGCAUGGGAGGUGCCGCUUUCUUUAUCCUCAUCCAGUUGGUGCUGUUGGUAGACUGCGCUCACUCUUGGAAUGAAGUAUGGGUAAAUCGAAUGGAAGAAGGAAACCCAAGAUUAUGGUAUGCCGCUUUACUGUCUGUCACAAGCCUCUGUUAUGUCCUGUCAAUCAUCAGUGUUGGGCUGCUCUACACAUACUACACCAAACCAGAUGGCUGCACAGAAAAUAAGUUCUUCAUCAGUAUUAAUCUGAUCCUUUGCAUUGUGGUUUCUAUUAUAUCAAUCCACCCAAAAAUUCAGGAACACCAACCUCGCUCCGGCCUCCUGCAGUCCUCUAUAAUCACCCUCUACACCAUGUACCUCACCUGGUCAGCCAUGUCCAAUGAACCUGAUCGUUCCUGCAACCCCAGCCUGCUGAGCAUCAUUACACACAUAACUGCACCAACUUUGGCUCCUGGAAAUUCCACUGCUCCGGCCCCUACCUCUGCUCCACCAUCAAAGAGUGGGCCUUUUCUGGAUUCAGAGAAUAUCAUUGGUCUGCUGGUCUUUGUUAUCUGCCUUUUGUAUUCUAGCAUCCGCAAUUCCAGCAAUAGCCAAGUAGACAAGCUGACCCUGUCAGGGAGUGACAGUGUGAUCCUUGGUGAUACAACUACCAAUGGUGGCAGCGAUGAAGAAGAUGGGCAGCCUCGGCGGGCUGUGGACAACGAAAAAGAGGGAGUACAGUACAGCUACUCCUUCUUCCACUUAAUGCUCUGCUUGGCUUCCUUGUACAUCAUGAUGACCCUAACCAGCUGGUACAGCCCUGAUGCAAAGUUCCAGAACAUGACCAGCAAGUGGCCAGCUGUCUGGGUGAAGAUCAGCUCCAGCUGGGUCUGCCUCCUCCUCUACGUCUGGACCCUUGUGGCUCCUCUUGUCCUUACUAAUCGGGACUUCAGCUGAACUUCUGAGUGCCAAGGAUGCCACUGAAAUUCAUAAAGAUCUCCUUUGCUGAAAACUCAUAUCUCUUUUAGGUUUGCUUCAACUAAAAUAUUAAGUGAACGCUUUGCAAAUUUGACUAUAUCCAGGUUUAUAGCAGAAAGGCAAGAUCAAAUAAUGCUUGAUGCAGAAUCUGAACUUUCCAUUUAUCUAUAUAUUAAUAUUAUGUUUAUUUGUAAGGAUAUAGCACAAAGGGAACGUUUUUGUGUUUAAAGUGAACUUACAGCUGUGCUGUGAAGAGAGUUCUUUAUAAAGAUUGAUAUGCUCCUAGAUCUUUGAUUUAAAAUAUAAGAUAGAAAAAUGUUGGAUAUUUGAGGCCAUCAUUAAUAUAUUUCUAUUGCAGUAUCCUUAAAAAGCAAAAAAGAAAAAAAAAACAUUUAUAUGACAGUUUUCCUCUGUGAAAGUCCUUACUAGUGUGAUACAAGCACUCUGUUCCAUGCUUAAACUUUCUCGAGGUGUAGCAUCAUAGUUCUUGGGGAAUUAUGUAUGUGGGUCCUUCCCAGAAGAGUGGUUGCUGAUAUGGCUACUGCUUCUACAUCUUGAGUUUUUUAAUUUACUUUUUUUAUACUAUAGCAUUGAUGCUGCUUGAUUCAAGUGCGGUGCUUUGCCAGGUAUGUUAAUUUUAAUAAAUGCUUUGUGGAUUUCGUUAAAGUGAACAUUCACUUGGGAAAACACUGCAAACUUUAGUCUGUGUAAUUAUCUCGUGAUGAGUAUGUAAAAGUAAAAUGCAUGUGAAUUUGUUAUAUUUGCACUAUAAAAGUAUUUGAUUAAACUAGAACAACUUU